AUGCCCCGCAUCCUGAAAAACUUCAAAGUCGGUUACACAAUCGCUCUCUUCUACCCGACAUUCCAUUACUUUCUCGGUGGAACUGUUGGCGUGAGAGUGGAAGAUUCCCACAGCGUUAUGGAGGUUCUCGAAAUGAACAAGGAAGUCAUCAAGUACACACCUACAGAAGGGGCUAAGCAGAAGUGUUACAGCUGUGAUGAGACCAAGGAUAACCUCAAUAUGUGUGCGGGUUGCAAGACCUUUCACUAUUGCAAUAAGGACUGUCAAACCAAGGCAUGGAAAGGCAAGGGCCACAAGAAAGUUUGCAGAGUCUUGAAGGAUGAUAACGUAAAGAAGAUCCGCUUUCUGAAUUAUGGAGUUUUUGACGGUGGCGUUACCUUUAGAUGA